UUGAGAAAGUUGAGACAAUUUUAGCUCAAGAACAGAAUUGCUUAAAUUUUAUUUAUUUUUUUUAUUAUUAUUACACAUCUGAUAACCCUUUUAGUCAGCAGUUUCUUGAUUUCCUGAGCAGCGUAAUUCAUCAUGAAGCUGGAGAUGCCAAAUAACUUUGAAGAUGUUGCUGUUGAGUUUUCAAGUGAGGAGUGGAAGAUGCUGAGUGAACAGGACAAAGAGUUACACAGGGAGGUGAUGGUGCAGAACUAUGAGAACAUGAUUUCUUUAGGCUAUAACAUCCCACUGUAUGAACUUUUGUUACUUGUUACGAAAAAUGAAACAAUUCAAUAUGCUGAGACUGAAGGAAAGACAACAUUGCAGCAAAGGCAACUUCCUGGUAGCAGAACCAGCAUCAGCAGGAAUGGAGAAUUCGGUGACAUCCAGAGUCUGCAGUCAUUGUAUGGGAAACACGGGGAUGCAGAAUGUGUCAGAUCUCUGCCUGAUGAAAUGUUUGUCACAAGGCAAGACCCGGUGAAGAUGGAAACCAGACAUAAUAACUGUAGGCAAAGUAAUGAGGACUUUGUCAUGAAAACUGAAUCAGAAAAGCAUCUGCACACUGAAGCAGAAGAAAUGCCAUGCAGCUCACUUAACCAUAGCAACAGUGUAACAUUUUAUAGUAACAAUGUAACUGAUCAUCUGAGUGACGGUGGAGAAAGGCAAAAGAAUACCCCCCCAACACAUAAACAAGCACUCAUUAGGCAGGAUUUGCAUGAAGGUGUUAUGAAUGCCAAAGGUUUUACAGACAGAAAAAAUGUAGCACUGGAGCACAUCAUUCAUACUGGUCAGAAUCCCUUUACCACACGUGACAAAAGUUUUAUACAGAAUAAUGGCUUGGCAGUACUUCAGGGUGUCCAAGUUUGGCAAAAGGAUCAUCAAAGUAUCCACACUAUCCUAAAACCUUAUAAAUGUACUACAUGUGACAAGAGUUUUGCAUACAAAGGCAGCAUGUUGAAUCAUCAGGUACAGUGUGGGCAGAAGCCAUAUAAAUGUUCCGUGUGUGACAUGAGUUUUGUACAGAAGAAUCGAAUGCUGAGACAUCAGUAUACCCAUAGUGAGCAGAAACCAUAUAAAUGUACCAUGUGUGACAGGAGUUUUGUACGGAAGAACCAAAUGGAUCUUCAUCAGAAGAUGCAUACAGGGCAGAAACCAUAUAAAUGUACCAUGUGUGACAAGAGUUUUGUACACAAAAAAAGUAUGGUAGCUCAUCAGGGGCUCCACACUGCGCAGAAGCAAUAUAAAUGUUCCAUGUGUGACAAGAGUUUUGUACACAAGACUUACAUGGUGAGACAUCAGUAUACGCAUAGUGCACAAAAACCAUAUAAAUGCACCUUGUGUGACAAGAGUUUUAUACAGAAGAGCCAACUGGCACUUCAUCAGAAGAUACAUACAGGUCAAAAACCAUACAAAUGUGCCACAUGUGAUAAGAGUUUUGCAUACAAAAGCAGUGUGGUGCUUCAUCAGAAGAUCCACAGUGGGCAGAAGCCAUAUAAAUGCACCAUGUGUGACAAGAGAUUUGUAAACCAAAGCACAAUGGUGAUUCAUCAGAGGCGCCACAGUGGGCAGAAGCCGUAUAAAUGCACUGUGUGUGACAAGAGUUUUGUGAUGAAGAGUCAACUGGUACUUCAUCAAAAGAUGCACUCUGGGCAGAUACCAUAUAAAUGUACCGUGUGUGGCAAGAGUUUUUUACAGAAGAGUAACUUGGUGACACAUCAAUAUAUCCAUAGUGCACAAAAGCCUUAUAGGUGUACAAUUUGUGACAAGAGUUUUGCAUAUAAAAAUUUAUUGGUGAUGCAUCAGUAUUCCCACAGUGGGCAGAAGCCAUAUAAAUGCACCAUGUGUGACAAGAGUUUUGUAAGGAAGAAUUGCUUGAUGAUACAUCACUAUACACACAGUGGUCAGAAGCCAUAUAAAUGUACCAUGUGUGAUAAGAGUUUUGUAAGGAAGCAUUACUUGAUAACACAUCACUAUACCCACAGUGGGCAGAAGCCUUAUAAAUGCACCAUGUGUGACAAGAGUUUUGUGCAGAAAAGUCAACUGGUAUACCACCAGAACACACAUAGUGGGCAGAAGCCAUAUAAAUGCACCAUGUGUGACAAGAGUUUUGCAUCCAGAAGCAGCUUGGUGACUCAUCAGAGGCUGCACUCUGAGCAGACACAGUAUAAAUGCACCAUGUGUGACAAGAGUUUUGUGCAGAAGAUGCAGUUGGUAUACCAUCAGAGCAUGCAUACUGGGCAGAAACCAUAUAAAUGCACCAUGUGUGACAAAAGUUUUGUGCAGAAGAGUCGACUAGUAUACCAUCAAAACAUGCAUACUGGGCAGAAACCAUAUAAAUGCACUGUGUGUGACAAGAGUUUUGCAUACAAAAGCAGUAUGGUGACUCAUCAGAGACUGCACUCUGGGCAGAAGCAGUAUAAAUGCACCACGUGUGACAACAGUUUUGUGCAUAAGAGGCAACUGGUACUUCAUCAGAACAUGCACACUGCAUCCAAAUGGAGAGAAGAUAAGUCAGCAAGCAAAGGAGAGUAGUAUUGUUGGAACUGAAUUCAUCAAGUCUUGGUGAGUACCUUCA